ACUGUUGAAACACACCUGUUGGCCUCCAUUGCGUCCGGCACCAGACUGCCAGAAUGAAGCAGGAGGUUGUGGAGAGAAGUCUGAGGUGCUAGCCGCUCCCAUGGUUGCUGCCGAUGGAUAAGAGUGUGAUCAAGUUCAGUCACUGUGACAAGGACAUCUUUUGUUUCUUCGUCCCAGAGCAAUGCCCUGAAUGUGGAGUGAGCUUCAGUGGCAGGAGGCUAGAGGAAGCCCCGGUCAGCGUACCCAACCCUUUCUCCAAUGGACAUAAAGCACCAUGUGCUUUCCUUGUUGCCCCAACAGAAGAAAAUAUCCUCAGAGAAUUCGAUGGUGGAUCAGAUCUGCACACUGGAAUUACUGACACAAAGGGAGUGGUAUACAACUACACCAAGACUGGGGUUCGCAGAGACCAUCAAGGCUGGGAGCAGUGCAUCAGCAUUCCUUUAGUUCAGCCAGACAUGUACAAUCUCAUCAAUCAAUGGGAUCAAUACCUGGAGAAAUUUUCCUCCGCUCAAAUGUGGGAUCCACUGUGGCAAAGCUUUAACGAGGAGAACCACAACUGCUACAGCUACACUCUGAUGUUCAUAAACUGCGUCCUGGCCACCCAGUCAAAACGAACCCUCAGUAAAGACGAGUUUACACAGACUUUUGUUCUGCCACGUGUCAAAAGGGCAUCCAAGUACAGCAUGCUGUGUGGGGAGAUUUCUCAGAACCAUUUCUACAUCGUAGAGAGUCCAAAGAGAAACUCACAGGAAGGUCAAAGUGAUGAAGAAGAAGAUCGAAAGAACAGUUUGUGAACUGGUGCACAUGGUCUAACAACGCUAGGAUAUAUAUAACCAACAGAAUGGUAUCUGUGAGCGUGACAAUUGCCUCAAGUAUUUAUCAGUGUUGUUUUCUUAUUCAUAAGGGAUCUUGUAUCAACGCUCUGCUUCAAUAAACAUUCAUGGGUCUUGAC